UAUCUUUAAAAUCUCAUUGUAGAUCCCGCCUUAAUGUUUUGAACAUGCUUGAUAUUUUUUAAGAUAAAAGUUGAUUAUAGAUAUCGAUAAAUAAUUCUCAGAGUCCAAAGUCUGAUGGUCUGAAGUCCAUAGAAAUAAUUCUUCCUGAAUCAUUGCUGAAAUUUAUUCGCACCAGUUCGAAGUAUAAAAUACAGGACGUGUUCGAAAAUUCAUAUAACAAGUUUUUGCCAGUGCGAUUCUUGCGAUCCUCGUGAUUGAGUGGUAAGAGCUAAUUACCGUGGACCAUUAUCGGCGUUUAUUUGUUUAGAAGAAUAAUUGAAGCUUGAAAAUGUUGAAGGGUGUUGUAGCUUUGGUAACUGGUGGUGCUUCUGGGCUAGGACGUGGCACUGUGGAAAGGUUUGUCAAGCAAGGUGCUAAGGUAAUUGUUGGUGAUUUACCUACUUCAAAAGGUAAAACUGUGGCUGAUGAAUUAGGAGAAGCCAAUGCAGUAUUUGCACCUAUGGAUGUAACUUCGGAGUCUGAUGUCCAGGCUGCUCUUGAUCUUACAAAACAGAAAUUUGGUAAGCUUGACGUUCUCGUCAACGCCGCUGGUAUCGCCAUAGCCUUUAAGACAUAUAAUAGUAAUAAAAAACUUCCUCAUAAUCUGGAGGACUUUGCAAAAGUUAUCCAAGUCAAUACCAUUGGUACUUUCAACGUUAUUCGCCUCUCUGUUGGUUUAAUGAUUGAAAAUACUCCCAAUCAAGAUGGUCAAAGAGGUGUAAUUGUCAACACUGCAAGUGUCGCUGCUUUUGAUGGUCAAAUAGGACAGGCUGCUUAUUCUGCUUCAAAAGGAGCAGUCGUAGGGAUGACUUUACCUAUCGCCCGCGAUCUUUCCAAGGAUGGAAUUCGUGUCGUAACAAUUGCUCCAGGACUCUUUGAUACUCCGUUAUUAAGAGCGCUGCCAGAAAAGGUACGAAUUUUUUUGGCGAAAAGUAUACCGUUUCCUCAAAGACUGGGAAAUCCUGAUGAGUAUGCCAUGUUGGUACAACAGAUCGUUGAAAAUCCAUUACUAAAUGGAGAGAUAAUUAGAUUGGAUGGUGCUUUACGAAUGCAAGCUUAAAGGAUUAUUAAUUUUUUUUUCAUACCAAUAUAAAAUUACUGUGCUGAAGAUUUUUCUUGAAUUUCUCUUAAUGGGUGCAUUCAAUACAACGACCGCUCACUAAGCACUUAUCUGUUUUUGGUUUAAAUUUUGUAUAUUUAACGGAAUAUGCUAAUCAGAUGCAAGAGCUUAUUAAAUCACUAAGCUACAUCUAAUCUCUUUUUGUAUACACACACACACACAAAGAAAUUAAAGUAGCGAGAGAGAGAGAGAGAGAGAGAGAGAGAGAG